AUGAUCCAGGAACGCCUCAACGACGCUGCCAUCGCCCUGCAUCGGGUGUUGGGCCGAGAACACAUACGCUUUGGCAUCUUUGGGGGGUACGCCAUCGGAGCCACCGGCGGUGUCCGCGAGAGCAAGGGGGUUGACUGCUUGGUUUCGGCGUCCAAGGCUCAGAUCAUGCAGCUCUUGACCAGCCGCCACGGCUUCCAAGCGAUCCCCUCCCGGAGUCGACAAGAAGACCAUGUAGCCUUCCAAUGGUCUGACCGCCCCGACGGACGGGAUGCUGUUGUGGUGGCAAUGUAUUUCGAAAGGUUCCCAGGAUCACGACACGCCCUGGGCGCCGGCGCUUGCAACCACGUGGCCAUCCACGGUCGUUCCCUCGGCCCCGGCACGAGUUCCUUCCUCAAGCCCUUCCUUCUCUUCAAGAGCAAGCUCUGUGCCGCGGCGACGAGGGUUAGUCUCCACGACUCGGUCGAUCUGAGGCUGUUGGCCCGCAGGCACGGGGCCGUCAUCAAGUGUCAUGCCAAGGAGCUCAACUUGGAGCACGUGGGAUUGGCCAUGAAGCGGUACCCCGAUUUGGGACGACUGUUCGAGGGGCUCGGGGUCGACGUGCAAAAGGCGAUGGGGAGGGCGCAGCAUCUCGAUCCGCACCAUCUUCCUCGUCCGGCUUCUGGGGAUGUUCAAAGGGGGCUCCUUGGAUAG